GCGCGGGGCGGCCCCGCCGCCGUACCUGUGGGGCGGGCGGGAGCCAGCAGAGCCCGCUGCGCGCUGCCGCCACUUAGCACCAUGUUCCAGGGGGCCGAGGCCGAGCCCGCCAAGCCCAGCUCCAGGGUAUUGAAGCCCCCAGGAGGAGGUUCAAGUAAUCUCUUUGGGAGUGCAGAAGAAGUUUCUUCUUCAAUGAGGCCACACAGAAUGGCAUCCAAUAUCUUUGGAGCAUCGGAAGAACCUCAAAACAUUCCAAAAAGAACAAACCCUCCAGGAGGAAAAGAAAGUGGUAUUUUUGAGGAUUCUGGUUCUGCUCAGCCUCGUCCACGCAUGAAUCCACCUGGUGGGAAGACAAGUGAUAUCUUUGGGUCUCCUGUAUCUCCCAGCGUUGUGCGAGCACACCCAAACAAGCCAAAGGAUCACAUUGUCUUGAAAGAAGAUGAAACACCAAAGAAGCUAGAAGCUACAGAAAAUAUCAAACCACAGCUGGAAGAUGGAGGCGAGAAAAAAGAUCUGGGCAAAGAGGAGCGAUGCAAGGAGCCAGAAGCCAAGAUAGACAAUCACGAGCCCCGAUUAGGGCCGAGACCACGCUCACACAACAAAGUCCUCAAUCCGCCAGGGGGGAAAUCCAGUAUUGCCUUCUAUUAGGGUCAUCCGUUCACUCUCCCUAACGGGGUCCGCACAGAAACUGUUGUCUGUGGUUGCGAGGUCAGUUUGUAGACUGUUUGUGGGUGGGUUCUGAAGCGGAUGGAGGGGGGUUGCGCUAACGCGUGUAGGGAGAAUAAUGUGAUGAUUUGGGGAGGGGGGGCUGGGGAGGGAAGGGGCAUUGUGGAAGGUGCGAGUACUGAACUGCCCGGCGGUGGCAGAGGGGACAUUGAUGUAACUUUGUGAAAGAUCAGUGCUACUUUGUGGUGAGUUCUUCAGACUGUUAGGUUUUUCUCUGUCUGGUGGCUCAGGACACUUGUGGAGCCAGGCUUAUCCCUACGGUUAACACUCAGAGUGGGUAGGGGCCUGGAGGCCACAACUGAGAUUCUGAAGCACAGCGGGUAGACUCUGCUUUCCUCUAGGCCAUGGGAUGCAGCUGCAGCGUGAGUUGACUUGCAGUAACUUCCAUGUAAACAUGGUCCACUGGAACAUGUUGUGCUGCUGUGGUCUUGAGUGUCUUCAGUCUCUGGUUCUCUUUCUCCUUUCUUGCCUUGCAGCACAUGAUUGCUGAGACAGGGACAAAACAUGCUGAAAGCUUCCGUUAAACUCAAACAAUCAUGUUAAUAAAUAUGGUCUUCCCUGCCCCAGAGCAUUCAGACCUUUCUGAUGCCUUCAGUAAUCUCCAGAUUACUAUAGCUCACUCUUGGCAAGUGAUAAUAUUGGGCCAAUGUACUGUUUCAUGUAGGUGCUUCUACAAGACUUUUAUUUAGUGUCCUUGAUGGGUGCU